AUGUCACUACCUGAUAAAUCUGCGUUGUGCAUGAAGCUCGUUGCUGUUGGCCUGGUCUGCUCUGUCUUUGCAUUCUUUGUGUAUUUUGAGCCUCCAGCCAAGGUUUGCCAGUCUACAACAGUUGAAGUGCAACAUCAUGAAUCUGUGGAUCCAAAUGAGAAGCCCAUACUCCUGCUGUGGUACUGGCCUCUUGGUGUGAGGUUUGAUCUCAAAGCUUGCGCUUUUUACUACAACAUCACCAGUUGUGUUCUGACAGAUAACAGAGCCCUCUACAGCAAAGCCCAGGGAGUCGUUUUCUACCAUAAAAACAUCGCUGGAAAUCUCCAAAACAUGCCCAAGGGCCCACGUCCUCUUUUUCAGAAGUGGAUUUGGUUCAACGUGGAAUCUCCGACAAAUACAUGGAGGACAGGGCGGAUGAACGAUGUAUUCAACCUAACACUGAGCUACAGAAGAGAUGCUGACAUCGUGGUGAGGAAUGAAGUCACCAUCAGAGACACUGAAAAUACAGAACCCAUUGUUCUGCCCAAGAAGGACAAGCUGGUUUGUUGGAUUGCCAGCAACAAAAAUUCAAGAACAGGAACAUCAACAAGAGAAAAAUACUACGCAGAACUGUCCAAGCACAUUAAAGUCAGCCUUUUUGGUAUCGCUCAUACAGGGCACAGGUUGGGUUUUGACCAGUAUUAUCCCACCAUUGGUAGCUGUAAGUUUUACCUCUCCUUUGAGAACUCGCUCCACAGAGACUACAUCACUGAGAAGGUCAACGGGCCCCUCGUAGCAGGGACUGUCCCUGUAGUUUUGGGUCCUCCAAGAGCAAACUAUGAACAGUUUUAUCCCUCUGACGCUUUCAUUCACGUUAAUGAUUUCCCCAAUCCUAAAGCUCUGGCUGAGUUUCUCCUCCAUUUGGACAAAAAUGAUACAGAGUACAUGCGUUACUUUGAGUGGAGGAAGUACUACUCCGUCACCCCUCACCUCCUCUCAACCCAGAAGGAAUUCAUUCAGCCCAUCUGCCUCGCCUGUGAGCACAUUUCAAGAGACCGAAAUUUCCAUGUGGUUCACAAUCUUUUUAAAUGGUACUCUUCACGGAAAUAG